GGCCAAAAUGACUCUGUAACGUGCUAGUGAACUGGAGCCUGGGGGGACGAUAGCAUGCCAAGUUAAACAACUAGACAUCUUACGGGAAGAGGUUGGGCAACAUGUUGUGUGUGUGUGUGUGUGUGUGUGUGUGUGUGUGUGUGUGUGUGUGUGUGUGUGUGUGUGUGUGUGUGUGUGUGUGUGUGUGUGUGUGUGUGUGUGUGUGUGUGUGUGUGUGUGUGUGUCUUUGUGUGUGUGUGUCUUUGUGUGUGAGUGUGUGUGUGUCUUUGUGUGUGUGUGUGUGUGUGUUUGCAUAUACACAUGGAUUUGAUGCAGCUGCUCAUUUGUGAAAACAAAACAAGUAAACCCAUGCUGUUACAGAGCGUUCGGCUUAAAGUGCAAUGUCAUGCCUUUGUUGUAAACCUCUCUGUCAACCUCAUGAAAAUGCACAGUCAUGUUUAGUGACUGUGCAUUAGAGAGAACUUUGAUCGCUCAGACCAUUGGCAAAUAAUGUUCAAACUCUGUGACAAAUCCAGUUAGUUCGGUAGCAUUUGUUUGUUCACUGAGACUAUUGAUCCAACUUCUGCAUGACCAGCAGGGUUUAAUUCCAUGACAGAUUUUCUGCUAUUGCACCAGAUCUAUUGAUUCACUUUCCACAUUCAAAUCUGUCUCAGGUCCAGCAAAAUGUUAUUUCCACAAUUUGUACUUUCCAACCAAUUGCCUACACUCACAAACACACGCCGCGUCGGUAUAUAACACCAACUCUGAGUGGAAAGAGAGACAAAUUCGAUUUAUGAACGGUUAACUGAGCAUGUACCAGUGAUAUUACACAGGGAACAUGAAGAACUACCAUUCUAAGCAAGGUUCCCAGGGGGGGAAGAAGUGGGCAGGACUUCUGACCUGUCAGACCAUCCUCCUUGUGCUGAUUGGCCUCUUUGUAUCCAUCAGCACCAAUCUGGCAGCUGCAGAGUCCCUGUCAAAUGUCACUCAACCUCGGGAGACCCCCGAGGAAGAGUUGGCAGCCCUGAAGUUGGAUAUGAGUACUGUGCUGCUUCGCUACAGCCGCCUACGUGAUAAUUAUACCAGUCUGGCAAAAAACUGCUCUGCCACAGUGGUGAAUUUCACAGGGUGUCCACAGGGGUGGCUUCAUGUACUGGUAAAUGAAAAAUGUUACUACUUCAGUAAUGACAAGAUGGACUGGCCGAGCAGCAGAGACAAUUGUACAUCAAUGGGCGCCCACCUUAGCAUCCUGCACAGCAUGAGCGCGCAUGAAGCCCUGGAAAAAGAGGCAAGUAGGAUUGAUGGGUUUAUUAACUACUUCUGGAUCGGCCUAUCAGACAGAGAGAUGGAGGGGGACUGGAGAUGGGUGGACAACACAACGCUCACAAAUAACUUCUGGCAACCGUUUAGCUUGGAGCCUGAUAACAAUGUCUCCGGUGGGAAGGAAGGUGAGGACUGUGUGGUCCUGCAGAGUAACACUCAUGCCUGGUCCGACGUGCCCUGUGAAUUCAUCUACCGCCGCAUCUGUCAAAUGGAUGCCUUCCCCAUUACUUCUCCUUGAAUCAGCAGGUGAAAGACACCGCUGACCAUGAAAUGAACUUGGAGUGGCAGGGAUUCAAUAGUAGGGUUGCACUGUUGACAAUGUGCAUUUUAAAUGCGAUUUUCCCCAUGUUUUAGGAAUUCAAAUUCCGUGUAAACGCAGUGGUAAUCAAGUGUAAAUUCCCUUUUAAAGUCAAAUGCAAUGUGCAUUUCCCUAACGUGCAUUGGAUUGAAUCCCAGUCACGGUAAUGUAAUCAGUCAAAACAGAUGAAGAAGUGACCGUUGGUAUCUACUUGUGUUGGUGUCCACCCACCACUGAAGUUAUUUCAAUAAAGCUGCCAAUCAGUCA